UAUUUAAUUGUUUAUUUUCAUAUAUAUACAAGUUGUAUAUAUACAACCAUUUCAUUGCAUUAAAUUUGUGUUUUGCAGUUUGCAAGUUAGAAGUUGAAUUUUUAUUCUAUUUUGGCAUGGUAUAAAUCCGUUCAAACGAUCAAUAGUAUAUCUCGCAUUGAAGCAAUAUUAUCUUGCAUUAAACCGUGACAUAUGGAUUGUAAAAAAAAAAGUUCCCUCAAGGUAAUAUGCAAAUUCUGUAGCUUCUGCACGUGCGCAGAAACGAUCGCGAUGAAUAAGAGAUGCAGGAGGCGCAUUAUACGGAAAAGAAGAAAGGUGAGAGGGGAGACGACGUGACGAAACGAAAAUAGCAGGGUACAACGGUGACUAUUAAUGAGGUUCGCAGGAACCGGAUCUCACAUUAAGUAUGCAACAGAAACUGGAGGGCAAGCAUUUUCCUCGGUUUUUCGCCCGCUUGUUUUUCCAUCCCGAUCGUCUGUUCGGCCCAGCCCGAGUGCAUAUUUGAGCAACUUGAUCCGCCGUAGACAAAUUACUCACCAACAAAGUGCACACCAUCGUAUGCAUAUUUGAUGAAAAAGACUAUAGGCCCUGUGAUUACACGCGACGGUUCACAUGACAAGUUCGUAAACUGUUCUGUCUACGAUGGGAAGAUAAUAGCCCUCACGGGAGUGUUUCGAGAAUAUGACAAAACAGAGGUCUGCUGUACGAAACUGGUGAAUUCUAUUAUCGCAAAAGUUCGAUCGAUAAUUCGCAGUCGUAGACGAGCUUCGGGGUGAAUCGCUUCGCCGUUUCUCCUGCCACUUAGCACUAUCGUUCUGCAACGUCAAGAUAUCACGGAGAAAUAUCGUCGGAACUUGUGAGUGAUGCUUCUCUCAUUUUAGAUAUUUUUAACAAAUAUUUCGACGUUUUUGCUUUGAUUAAUUGGCAAAAACAGUAUUUUCAGUGCUGUGAAAUAUACAUACAUAUUUCCGCGAAUCAACAUUGCGCGAGUUUUCUCUCCGAGAAACGAACGUCAAAGGAUAAUGACGUCAAUAACGUUUAUCCGAAAAUGCAACAAAGGGAUCGUCGAGCAGAUCAAAUGCGCUCGAACGAGUUCGCAUGGGUGCACCGUUUAAUCCCAUCAUCCGUCGGGCAUUUUAUUCGGGUAAAAGUUUGCGAGUGAUGUGACACGAGCUUUCACCGCUUAUUUCCGUCAACCCGCGAGGAAAGUGCGCGCGGAGCUGGAUAGCGACUAAUGAGUGUCAUUAACAAUUGCGUGGUCUACCGUCACAAUGGAGAAAAUCAGAAGAUGACAGUUACUAACUUCGGGCUCAGAUGAAGGUGGAUAAAACGGGCGACUUCACGCUUUGCCGAGAAGAGUAACGUGCGCGUCCAUAUAAAAGUACGCAGCUGCGCAAGUCGCGACAUUACUUUAAUCUUGAACGUUCGUUGAUAAAAAGGUUUAAUUAUUAAUUUUUUGUUAAUAUUUUCGACGCACACUUGUGAGUAUACAAAGUGUACAUUUCUCAAAAGUCUCAAAGAUUCAAAAUCUGAACCGGUACAAGAUAUAACAUAUUAAUAAAAGAACGAGAAAAUUCUGCUAUAAUUUUUCACAAUUUAAAAAUGAUACUCGUAAUUUAAACGACUGUUGAGAACUUCUACAUUAAAAACGUCGUGUUAUCGACGAGAAAAAUGAUAAUCAACACGAGAGUGUAUGUGUUGAUUGCACUGGUAUUCUACGAUGUGUGCGCUCAUACCGUCGAUAUCCGUCGAGAUUCUUAUAAUAGGGCCAAUGAUAAAAAAUAUGGGUCCAUGUUGGCUGAGAUCGCAAAGGAAUUCAUACAAAGAUCAACGACCAGCAGUCAGGUGCUGAAUUUAAAUCUCUCGAACUUGCUGCUGCUUUUGGUACUCAAAGCGAUUGUAUUUGGCGCCGGGUAUAUAGGAAAUCAUGGUUAUAAAGGACGUGAAUUACAAGAUGAAAACAUUGUGUCAGAGGGUGAGCUUGCGUUGGCGCUUGGUUAUUUGAUUGGUGAUACAUGUUUGUACAGAGCAGCUUGCGAAGAGCCACACAUAGCGAAAGAAUAUCUCGGCGCGGCAGAAAUGCUUUUGCAAACUAUGAAGUUGAUGCCACAGAACUUACCUACAGAAUCCAGCUAUGAGGAGACAAUCGCAGAAUUUCGGAAGGCAAUUGAAUACGGCAAUAUCGACCACUGUCCAUCAGAAUACAGCUGCAAAAAAGAAAAUAUAAAUAAUUUUUUGCGAAAUGAAAAAUGA